GUUACCAAACGCCACUGCUUAAUGGUUACCAAACGCCACUGCUAAAUGGUUACCAAACGCCACUGCUAAAUGGUUACCAAACGCCACUGCUUAAUGGUUACCAAACGCCACUGCUUAAAUUCCAUAUGGUAGAUGGCGGGCCAUGAUAGCUGGCUCCCACUGCACAAUAUUACUGCUGGGAGUUUAUGUCUCACCUCCCAGACUUUCAGAAGACUUGAUAUGUCUGAUAAAAAUAAAAGUGACAAUACAUUGAUGUGUUUGUGAGUAUGCAUGCUUCCUUCCAGGCAAACUGGAGGCAGACUGAAAUUCACUGGUGUUAGCAGUGGCUAUUAUGACCACUAACAACAAAAAGCUAGGUAAAGGGCUUGUGUGGAAAACGACUACUAAAGCAGAUGUUUUACCAAUCAUAUCAGACCACAGUUUCCUUAGCUCAUUUCAAUCCCACCAUAGCAUAUUUUUAUGUUUUAGAGAUGGUGGUUUGUUUCUAAACAAACUAUUGACCAGAGGUGUUUGUGUGGAUUUAAUUGAUUACAGAUUUGUGUCGAUAGUAUAGGUAAAUUUGGAAGUAACAACAAAGAAACAAGCAGUGACACGAGGCUAUAUUUUCAGCCAAUAAUCCUGCAGCACUCUCUCUCUCUCCAAUGGGCAUGGACCAUUCUUCAUUGGCUGUGGCAAUUGUGAUGAGUCUGGGCCAUUUCUGGACCAACACACAGACCAUCCACCAGAGCUGUCAAGGACUGGUAACACUCCACAAAACAGAAACAUACAGACGGAAUGGGGUCCCCAUAUUUCCCAGCGCGCACAGUCCUGUUCCGGAAGGAGCCGAGCGGUGUGACCUACAGAAUUCCGGCGCUACUCUAUUUGCCAAACUCCAAGUCCUUCCUGGCCUUCUGUGAGGAGAGGCUCAGUCCAGCUGACUCUCAAGCACACCUGCUGGUCCUGCGUAGGGGGACUUUCUACCGCAACUAUGUGGAGUGGGAGGACAUGAGGGUGCUGGAAUCUGCCUGCCUGCAGGGUCACCGCUCAAUGAACCCCUGCCCUGUCUACGACGAGUUCACCAACACUGUGUUCCUGUUCUUCAUCGCUGUGCUGGGCAACGUCACAGAGUCCUUCCAGCUGGUCACGGGGAAGAAUCUGACUCGUCUGUGUUUCGUGUCCAGUUCCGACCAGGGCCGGACCUGGAGUCCUGUCACCGACCUGACCAAGAGUGUCAUUGGGGACACCAUCAAAGAUUGGGCCACCUUCGCGCUUGGCCCUGGCCAUGGGAUUCAGCUGAAAUCGGGCCGGCUGCUGGUGCCGGCGUAUGCCUACCACAUUGACUGCAGGGAGUGCUUUGGGCGGCUCUGCAUGACCACGCCCCACUCCCUCUGUUUCCACAGCGACACGCACGGCCGCAGCUGGCGCUUGGGCGGGGCCGUGCCCACCCUGGACAGCGUGGAGUGCCAGGUGGUGUCUGUGGACGAGGAGGACGGCAGCAACGUGCUGUACUGCAACGCCCGGAGUCCGCUGGGCUGCCGCGUCCAGGCGCUGAGCCUCGACCAUGGCACCACCUUCCAGAACGGGCAGCUGGUGCAGAAGCUGUUGGAGCCGCGGCACGGUUGCCACGGCAGCGUGGUGGGCUUCCCUGCUCCCCUCCGCUUGCCUCGGGAAUGCCGCGCGCCACGUUUUGGCCCCUGCGGCUUGACCCCUGCCCAGGGCGGUGCUUACCCACCCCCUGCAGACCCUCGACCCUCCGGAAACUUCCUCACCCCCACGUGGGUGGCCUACUCCCACCCUACUUGGCUCAACGCCCGGCGGGACCUGGGUGUGUACCUCAGCCUGUUCCCCCGUGACCCAGACAGCUGGUCUGAACCCUGGGUCAUUUACAGUGGACCCAGCGCCUACUCCGACCUGGCCUACCUGGAGCUCCCAGCCCCCGAAGCCCCACCCAUCACCGCCUUCGCCUGUCUCUUUGAGAAUGGCUCAAAGACGGCAUGUGACGAGAUCUCCUUCAGCAUCUUCACACUGUAUGAGCUCAUUGACAACAUCCCUCGUAAAAAGCCUGGCUCUGGCAGAGGAGAGGUGGAGAAGAGAAGGCGGAAUAAGAAGAGAAGCAGACUAUGCAGCCUCUGUAGCAUCUCCUAACGUGCGAACUAGAACUGGAGCUUUCACUCCCUUCUGGUACAUCGCUUCAGUGAGUAUGCUACAUUGACUGUGUAGUUGAAGUAGCUAUGUUCUGGGUUUUCUGUUUGCAUUUUAUGAUCAAUUCAUUGUUGUACUGAGCAUGUCUGUAAAAGCAUAGUAUAAUUUUUAUGUUUAAAUUGCAUUCUGAUUUGCAACCACACACAACAUGACACACAAAGCAAAGUAGCCAGCUAAAUACAAAACACAAAAUGAAACAUACUAAAAUGAUUUCAACUAUUAUGUGUGUCAUUGGUUCAAAAAUUAUUUCUGACUGCCUCACAGGACAUACAGUAAAAACAUAACAUCAAGUGCCUUAGGUUUUCUUUGAGCAAGGGCCUGAACAGGUAAGGUUGGUAUAGGCCCUCCCAUUAGACAUAAGCAUCAUGUGAGAGGGCUGUCUUUCCAAUUAAAAAUGCCUCAGAUUCCAUUGUCAUAAUGGAAGCCAGCAGGAGACCACAGGACUAGACUAUUCAUGAUCCUCAAAGAGAUCAUGUGAGAA